AGCAGAGGAACAUUUUCAGCCUCUACAGAGGAAACAAUGAGUUCAACACAACAGGACCAACAUGGACCAAGAAGUCUGUGCUCUCAGGAGGCUCACAAACCUCACAGAAGGAAGGGAGAAAAUAAAUACACCUGUGCUCUGUGUGGGAAGCAUUUUACUAGUAAGGGUUCAUUAAAAAAUCAUCAAGUCAUCCACACUGGAGAGAGACCAUUCAGCUGUGAGUUGUGUGGAAAGUCUUUUACCCAGGCUGGAAACUUAAAAAGUCACCAACUCAUCCACAGUGGAGAGAAACCGUACAGCUGUGAUCAGUGUGGUAGAGGUUUUACUCAAAGAAGCAACUUAUGGAAGCAUCAAGUUACCCACUCUGGUAUUAAGGCAUACAGCUGUGACUAUUGUGGAAAAACUUUCAGCUUGCCAGGGAACAGAAAUAGACACCUACGCAUUCACACUGAGCAGGAUGUGUACUGCUGUGAUCAGUGUGGCAAAAAGUUUGCAACAGAUUCAGAUUUACAAUCCCACAUGUUUACCCACACUGAGGAGAGCCCUUAUCAAUGUGACCUGUGCAAUAAGACUUUUAAAGCUCCACGUUCCCUGAAAGAACACCAACAGAUCCACAGCAGAAAGAGACUCUACAAGUGCAGUUACUGUGAGAAGCAGAGCCACACAGAUGGAUCCAGUUCUCAGCCCUGUCGUCGCUGUGAUGGUGGGAAAGCAUUUCGCUGUGACCUUUGUGGGAAAACUUUCAAUCAGCAAAGGAUCCUAAAAAUACAUCAACGUAGACACACUGGACACAAACUGAACUACUGCAAAGAAUGUGGGAGAAGCUUCCCCACAGCAGGUGAAUUAAAACUCCAUGAACUCUUCCACAGUGGGGUUAAAAAGCAUCUCUGUGACCUGUGUGGGGCAUCCUUCCACACUGCAUGUCACCUUAAAGCACAUAAACGAGUCCACACAGGAGAGAAACCAUACAAGUGCAGACACUGUGACAAAAGCUUCUCAUGUUCAGGUAAUCGUAACCUUCAUGAAAGCACACACAUUAAAGGGAACUACAGCUGUGACCAGUGUGAAAAGAGCUUCAAGAAUCUCAGUUCAUACUCCCGACACAAGCGAUCCCACGCUUCAAAGAAACUGUUUCACUGUUACCAAUGUGCAAAAACAUUCACUUCAUUAUCUGCUCUGUCCAAACAUCAGCAUGAUCAUGCAGGGCUGGAAUCAUUCCCAUCACUGGAUCACAGUGAAGCUGCAGACACAAAGAUCCUCUUCUGGUUGCAGGAUCAAAUUUAAAAAUCUUGACAUCCGGCUCCACAGAAUUCCAAUGGAAUCUUCUGUAAAGAGUGUCAGCUAACGUCACACUUGGAUUUGAUGAGGUAGCUCUGAUUUCUGGACUUCUAGUGAAUAAUCCUGAAUCUCACAUUUAGGAUGCUGCAAGUAUGGAUAUAUAUACAUCAAGGUUUUUCUUUUUUCUUUGAAUAAUUGUAUUGCUUUAAAGCAGGGCUUUCAAACUCAAGUGACCUGGGGUGCACUGCUAACUCUGUCAUGUAAGUGGAGGACCACUGAUUCUGUUUUUCUUUUCUUUUCUUUUCUUUUUUUUUUUUUUUUGAUAAUAUAUAUA